GGCGCGGCCUCAUUAAACUUCUCCCCCACAGCCUGCGAGUCAAGGUCUGGCUCAAAAUGGCUGUACAGAAACAGUUUUGAAGAUCUGUCGUUGUUCAUGAGAAAUGGCCAUGUUGCGUGUUCUAAACUUAAGAAGACAGCUCUGAGAGAGCCGGAGGACAUGCAUUGGAAGUGAGAAUGGCAGCCAUGAAAACCCAGGAGCAGCGAUCCAGUCCCCUAAAAUCACACAUACAAAGUGAUCCCCGUCCCAUGGCACAGAUGAAGACUCUUCAGUUUCGUUGCAUUGCACCUAAAGCCCCAACAGUGGGUUCAUCUUCUGCAGUGCUGUCUUGUCAACCACCUACUACCCUUCCAGAGCCUUCGACAGCCAUAAGCCCUAAAUCCAUCCUAGUACCUGCUCAGAAAUAUGCCCUGAUGCAGGUGGCUGGACAAGGGGGUACUUUCUCAUUGGUGGCCUUACCUCAGACACCACCACAACAUCAAAUCCAGAAGAACCUAAAACUUCCUAUUCCUAGAUACCAGCCGAUUAGAAGUAAGAGAACCCCAGAAAAAUCCAGUAGAACGACUCAGACUGCAAAGUCAUCUACAGUGAAAGUGAAAGUUGAGAGUCCAGAACAGUCAUCUGAACAGGUUAAGACAGACUCUGCUGCUCAGUCUAAAGUCUUGUUCCCAGACAAUGCCAUCCUCUACCAAGGACCACAGACAGAGAAACCUGUUGAAAGAAAUGUGGAUUCUCUCAGCAACCUCAGCUAUCCCACUAGAGCUUCCACAGCUACACUUAUUGCUCCUGUCAGUAAGAGCUCACCAGUAAAAGCCCAGGCAGAACGUGCAGUCUCUGCUGCGAGUGCUAUUACGGUCCUCUCCCCCACCAUCUUCAGCAAAGCUGUACAGAUCAUUCCCUCUCCCCCCAAGGGUAAGCUCCCAAUCCUGCCUUAUGCUAAGGUGAAGAACUCCCUCUUGCCAUCUACUGGCCUUGCCAAUAGCCAGUCCCCAAAGAAGAGCUCCUCAAUUCAGCUUAAAAACAGCCUGAAAUGCCCCCCAGACAUCAAAGGCAAGACCAUGGACAAUGGCAGCAGAAGUAACUGUCUCAGCCAAGGUUCAGAUGCCUCCCUUUGCAAGAAAACUCCAGACAAAAGGCGGGGGAGGAAGAGGAAAACCACGGAGGAUGUUGUGGCCUUUGAGGCAAGGAAGAAAAGAUCUCUGUCAUUUUUUUGCAGGAGAGUUCCAGAAAAACCACCACCUGGAACCCAGUCUGCUUCCCCCCAGGCCAGGGUGGUGGACAUUUCAAAAAAGUAUCGCAGCAUUCGUCCAAAGCCUAUUUUAGUGAUGGAAACCACUGUUCCUCAACUUGUACCUCUACCGUCUCUCUCAACCUCUGAGAGCGUAGACCAGGAGCUCAUCCUGAGGCAGCAGAUGUCAGGAAAACCCUUGAUUGCUGCCCGACCAAGCUUGGUGUCCAUUCAAACCCCUGGCCAGCAGUCUGUGGCCAAAGCUGGAAGUGGCACCAGAUCUAUGAACAGCCGCCCACAUGCACUCCACCGAUGUCCGACUUGCAGUAGGUGUUUCCAGUUUAAGCAUCACCUACAGAGUCAUUUAAACAGCCACAAUAACCUGAGACCGUAUGGUUGUCCCGUGUGCAGGAAGGCCUAUGCUCACUCAGGUAGCCUCAGCACACACAUGAAGCUGCACCAUGCUGAGGGGAGGCCUAGGAAGAGCCUCUGCUGUGAAUUCUGUGAGAAGGCAUUUGGCUAUGUUGGUGUCUACUUCAGCCACCUUAGAGAAGUGCACAAGGUUAUACUCACUGUGGAACCAUCCAUCAGUCAGCAUGAGGAGAACACGCCCAUAGAGGGGUGUACAGAUUCUGAUGACCAGGCUUCAGAGCAGCAUGUGGACCCAGUGGAACUGCAGAUCAAAUGUGGCCGCUGCCAGGCCAUCACUCCCACCUUUGCCGACAUGAAGUUACACCUUCUGUAUGUGCACGGCGAGGAAGUGCAGGUACGUCUGAAGGAGGGUGCCAUGCACGGGGGUCGCGAGGCUGAAGACGAGCUGGUCAAGCAUGCGGCCCACUACUGGAGGCAGCUAAACGAGCGGCGCAACCUGGUGCGCUGUGGAAACUGUGAUGAAGAGUUUUUUUCGUUCUCUAAGCUCAAGCGUCACCUGCACUCCCACCACCAGGGGGCUAGAGAGAGCAAAAAGGAAGAGCAGGAACAGGAGAAAGAAGGUAAAGAACACAGUUCUGGGGGCUCAGCUAAGAAUGUGACCCUUAGAGCGGGAUCACGGUUUAAUUGCAUCCUGUGCACUGAGGUUUUGGACAGGAAGCAGGACAUUCUGGAGCACUGGAGGGGACGUCACAACUGUGAAAACCCAGUCAUGCUGUGGGAAGUACUGGACUCAAGGGGAGAUGAUACCUACUCACAGCCCAAAGUAACAUCCUAAGUAAGGUAUUUAAGCAAGUUCUCCAGGAGUUUAAGUGGCAGCACAGAAAAAUAAACAAAAAAUCAUCAGUGAUAUAGAUUUUCAUAUUAUUUUUGCUUUUUGCGCUGUUCUAUUUUGAUAUUGAUGUUUUUUAUAUACUCCCUUUAAUUUAUGUUUCCUGUUUUUUAAAGUAUAAGUUAAGACUUCUCAAUUUUGGACUUUUUUUUUUCUUUGCCUCAUUGUAUUGAACAUAGGAUUGGACAUUGGAUUCAGAAUGAGUAUAUGAGGAUAGCUGUUUUGAACCUUUGCAUUGUACUGAUUGCUUAGCCUGCCAAUUUUCUGGACUAUGUUGAGUUUUCAGUGAAGACUCACCACUAAAUGAGUAGUAUAACCAAAACUGUUAACAGGGCUGAUGAGGAGUGAAUACCUGUAAUCCAUAUACAGUUGUGUAAAAAGAUUUGAAUACCCCUGGUCAAAUUAAUUGUUUUGAUGAUUUUGCUUAGAAAAUCAAAACCUCUAAUUUGAGCAAGUGUACUCAGAUUUUGACACAGAAACAUAUUUGCAAUCUUUAAGUAUACAAUGUUCUGCAAUUUUUGCUUUUUUUGCUGAGUUUAACAUGUUGGAGAAAAACAAAACAAAAUAUACAGUGUCCUAACUUUUGCGUAGCCCACAUUUUGUUUUCAAACAGUAAUUGUGCAUUUAAAUGUGCAGAAGUUUGUUCUGUAACUUCUUUUCUCUUAGGACCUUAGCAAAAUGUAAUAUGACCAGGGGUGCCCAAACUUUUGCAUAUGACUAUUCGUUUAACCAUUUUGAUCAGGAUUUGCUAGUAAUUUAUCCAUAAAUUAAAUAUCUGCUUAAAUCAAGUAUCUUCAAAAUACUCUGCACACUAAAUUGCAGUGAUUGCAAAAAGGUGCUGAUAUAAUGCUGGUUUGCCACUUCACAGAUCAAUGCAUGUUUAUAGGGAGACUCUCUGACCGUCAUCCAGACUCAUUCAGUGCUGCCACCUCUGCAGUAAAGAGGACUUGGUUAGUGAAAUUCUCAGAGGUGCUUAUUUCAGUUAAGGAUGACACACUAAGAGAUAUUAAAAAAAAAAAAAAAAAAAAAAAAUUAUGUACAAUUUCAGUU